CAUACAUACAUACAUACAUACAUACAUACACACUGAAGACAGGACAAUGCGCCAACCAGCUCCACUCCCUCUCCCCGCACUCCAGCUCCCUCCCUCCUGGCACGGCCUCAGGCUACUCAUCCUUUCUACAAAGAUACCACAAGACCACCUCCAUUUGUUACAGGACAAGGCUGAGGAGGCAGGUGUGAUAUUUCAGAACCUUAUGCUCGCUUCGUUUCUGUGUGUAUGGGCGUCGCUCCCAACAGCCAUGUCGCGAGUGGAGCGAGCAGGAUAUCGUUGAGCCAUGAGCCAUUCAACCAUCCGUCCACGUUCAAUCACCCACCUACUACGCGUCGCGUCGCUUCAUCCACCCCAAUCCUUCAGCCAUCACCAACGCUUACAGUUUAUUUCGGUGUUUUCUCAGGUGCGAUUGUGGUCACCUCGGAAACGGAGUGCGAUAUCGUCGUGACAAAACUAAAUAGUCCGGCGAGGAUUGCAAAGCAUCUGGAUAUGCGGCAGUUCCAUAAGCCAGUGGUGGCGUUGGCGUGGUUAGAGGAAGGAUUAUCAUCCACCCGCCCCCCACCAAUUGAAUCCCACACCAUCAAUCUUCUCCCCUAUGUAGUCACAUCCAAUGCCGACCCUUCGUACGUUCCGCCAACUUCCGCCGACAGCACGGUGACGACGGCCAAACGAUCUAUAUCCCCGAUCCUAGUCUCGACGCCCAGCCCUCCGCCACCAAAACGUCAACGGCGUGAUGACGGCAGUGGAGAUCCAACCGGCGGACCAGUGAUCAUCAUCUCCGAUUCGGACGACGGCGAACCCGCACCCAACGGUGUCCAUCCUCCGCCCUCCCCGCACCCCCCUUUCUCCGACUCCUCCCACCACUCCGACUCCCCCUCCCACUCGGAUUUCUCCGACUCCUCCUCCUCGGACCCCGAAGAAGAAUCCACCACCGCCCCUUACGACCUCGACAUCCCCCUCGACCCAACCUUUCGCAACACCCCCUACGAAGUGCAGCGCAAACAUCCGCUGCGGCACCAUAAUAUGGAGCUGGUGGAGCUGCUGGGGGUGAUUGAGAAGCAGAGGGAGGUGAUGGGUGAGGCGAGGAGUGCGUUGAGUUAUCGGAGGGCUAUGGCUGCUAUUACCUCGUAUCCGAGAACGAUUCGGAGCUGGAGGGAGGCGCGGAAGAUCAAAGGUGUUGGGGAUAAGAUCGCCAAGAUGAUCCGCCAAUACCUCAAAACCGGCCACAUCCGCGAAUCGACCUCCAUCGCCUCCUCCGCCUUCUACCAAACCCUCCUCACCUUCGCCUCCAUCUACGGCGUCGGCCCCACAAAGGCCCGCGAAUGGUACGCAAAAGGCUACCGCACCAUCGCCGACAUCCGCGCCGGCGAAGAGGGGCGGAUGAGUCGGGUUCUGCAGAUGGGCGUGGAGAUGUUUGAGGAUUUUGGGAGGAAGAUGACGAGGGGGGAUGUGGAGGAGGUUGUGGGGGUUGUGGAGGGGUGUUUGCGGGAGAUUGCGGAGGGGUUUGUUGUUACGCCUGUGGGGGGGUAUAGGAGAGGGAAAGAGCUGACCGGCGAUUGUGAUGUGGUGAUCACGCACCCGGAUGAGAACAUGACGAGGCCGUUGUUGGCGCAGCUUGUGGAUAUUCUCAAGAAGAAGGGACAUGUCAAACACGUCAUGUGGUACGGCCAAGGCAACGAUCGCGAGCGGGACGCCGUUUCGGAGGAGAAACUCGUGGAUAAGGCGGCCAGAAAGGCCAGUUUCGAUAAUCUUGCAAAGGCCUUCGUAGCCUUCCGCCAACCCACCACGCAAACCUACCGCCAACUUGACCUGAUCAUCUCCCCGCCCUCUCUCGCGGCCUGCGCCAUCCUCGGCUGGUCCGGCUCCAAGCAAUUCGAGCGCGGCCUCCGCGAAUGGUGCAAAAAGGGGAUCGUCUCCUCCUUCAAUUCGAAGCGGGGACGAGAGGUGAAUAAAGGGCGGCGGUACCAUUUUGUGAGCCAUGGGCUGUUUGAUCGCGCAACGGGGAAGAGGGUGGAUGUGGGCAGCGAGAGGGAGAUUUUUGGGGUGCUGGGGCUGGAGUGGGUUGAGCCGGAGGAGAGGAAUGCGUGAGGAGGUGUGGCGGGUUUUUGGGAAAGCUUGUUUUGUGGUGGAGAUGGCCACAUUCUACUCGCUUCUUCAAUUUUGGUUUCUUUUGGGGUAUGUGCGAUGGUCCUGAUGAUGUGGAAUCAUAGAAUAGAGAGAAUAGAGCUCUCAUCAGCGCUCACAUACGUUUGCGAGGCAGGAAGCAGCUCCGCCGGCGCUUUUUCCACAGCUCCUUGUUCUUGCCCGUUCACUCCCAUUAAAACACCAACCCCAACCCACAAUCCUGAUAAUAUUGGACAUCACUAAACAGGGUAUGGGGA